AUGCAGUUCUCUCUUUCCGCUGUUGUCCUCGGCUUCGCUGCCUUCGCCGCUGCCAUGCCCACUGAGAACAUGAACAAUGGUCUCCAGUCCCAGCACGAGAAGAUUCGCUUCCCCGUCCCCUCCGGCAUGACCAUCAAGGAGGCCCAGGCCAAGUGUGGUGACCAGGCUCAGCUCUCUUGCUGCAACAAGGCCACCUACGCUGGCGACACCACCGAUGUCAACUCUGGUAUCCUCGGCGGAACCUUGUCCAACUUGAUCGGUGCUGGAUCCGGUGCUGACGGUGCCGGUAUCUUCGACCAGUGCUCCAAGCUCGAUGUCCAGAUCCCCAUCCUCAUUGCUGUUCCCCUGCAGGACAUCCUCGACCAGCGCUGCAAGCAGAACGUUGCCUGCUGUGCCAACUCUCCUUCCACCGCCAGCAACGACCUCGUCGGUGCCGGUCUUCCCUGUGUUGCUCUCGGUUCCAUCCUCUAA